GCUACCCUCCCGGCCGCCGCUCUCCCUCUCUCCAUGCCUGCACCCAGCCGCGCCUCAGCCGCCACCUGACAGUGCCGGCAGCCGUUAGCGCGGCGGGGCAGGGCUGAGGGGCGGCGGCGGACAGCACACAAAGCCGCGCCGCCGAAGGGCCCUCCAGCAAGCACCGAAACACCCCCCAGAGGCGUCGAGGCGCCCCGCCACCGACCCUGGCGCCACAGGACCGGGGUUAAUUUCAGGCCUUGCUCCUGUCCCGACCCUCCCCCCACUCACCCCACCUCCGGGAGGCACCAGACCUCGGGGCACACCGGCAGAGAGAGGCGGGCAGGGGCGGAGAGCCCCAUCCCUGCGCGGAGAGCGGCGGGAAAUACCUGUGUCAGAGAGAGGUGGGCGGCCAUGCUUCUUCCAUCAUGCACCGGCCGGGCCGCAGGAAGGACGCGCUGCGGCCCCGACACUCACGGCCCAACUUCAGCAACUUCCCCAGCCGGCAUCGGACAAAACCCGGCACCGGAUCCACGCCCGCCCGACGGCCGGAGCUGGCGUCUCCUCCGCCCGCACACAGCAGCGGGAGCCGCGCGCAAAACCGGGCGCUGGAGCGCGCUCGCCGGAGCCGGAGCCCGCCCGAGGCAGCUGCAACAAAAACCCGGAACCGGAGCCCUUGGCCUCAUAUGGCGGCUAACAAUCCCACCCCCAGCGCCCAGCCUUCCUUUACCUUUUCUGUUAGCCCUGCUGCUGCUGGAGACUCGUCAACCAUUGUGACAGAUUACAGCCUCCCAGCUGUGCUGGUGGAACAAUGUGGGGAGCAGCAGGUUUCCUGGGCCAUGAAAGCAGAAGAAACCAGGCACAACACAUGUGAUAGGAGGAGCUGCGAUGGGCAGCAACAGACAGAAAAGCAAGCUGGAGUGGGAGGCAAACUGCACCUCAUUCUCUUAACCUGUGAGAAAUAGUUUAGUAUAAACUAGUUGAAGCCUGUAUUUGUGUCACCACUUAUUUUCCUACUUUCUCCCACUUAGGGCUCCAGCUUCACCCAGGCAAAUCUCCCUCUGCCACAGGAGCCAGGGAGCAGAAAGCAGGUGUUGAUCUUCCUAUACUUGCUCGCACCCACACACUGGCUGUUUCAGCUGCUGUUCUGAGCUACAUCAUGCAUCAGUCACCAGGUGUGGAGGGGGGGAAAUUGUUUGUUUUUUUCUUUACCCUAAGAAGAAUUAGGCACAUAUUUAAACUGGAAAUGCACAUUUGGACCAGUAAGAGAAAAAUAUCUAGAAUCAGAUUUGAUUAUUGGAAAGGUCUUAGAGUGUGCCUUGUUAUCCUUCUUUGUUCUUAGUUCUCUAUCGCUCUUCAUUUUUAUGUCCUCUCCAACUCAGUUUCAUGCUCGUGCUCAUGUUCAUGCCCCACCUCUGCAUCCUGUCAUUCCUCAGCUGGCAGUCAUUCUGAGCUGCUACUUCUCAUCAUUCUUAUGAACAUGUGGGAUCCCUCCUUCCCACCUAUUCCCUGAAAAGAAAUUCUGCUUUACUGACCUGUUUCUCAGCUACUGUUUCAGCAAGAAGAUAUGAAGAGUACAAAAAGCAAGCAGAAUAAAAACAUUCACACUGUUCCUAUACUCCCUGCCACACCUCACACUCAUUUCCUCCUAACUAAAAUCCCUAGAAAACAGCAUUUUGUUUCUAGGAUGACGUUUUCUUCUGUGAUUAAAAUUGGGAUACCAUCCCACAGUAAUUCAUGCCUGGAAAUUAAACCAGAAGAUUGUCAAAAGUGCAGCUGUGUCUCCUUGGGACAGCAAUAUUUGAUCCCCUUAGUGUUUGGGAGGGGUGGUGGACAUUCAGAGGGCUGCUCCUCUCAGCUGCUCUUAUCUCACAUGGGUGCCCUUUGCUCUGUCGAUUGUUUUCUGUUUUGGUCUCCUCUCCCCAGGCAAGGAGAACAGCUACAGGCCUCUCAGGAGAGGGGUUACACACAGGCUGGUAUCUCCUUGCUGCAAACAGAAGGAAAAUGCCAAACGGGGUAAUGGAACUUGGC